CUCCCCGACGGGCGGGGCGGGACGCUCUCCUUUGCGCCAUGAUGAACAAAUGACCUCGCGGGGAAUGAAAUUUAAGUUCCACCGGGGGGAGAGAGUUCUCUGCUUCGAGCCCGACCCCACCAAGGCUAAAGUGCUCUAUGAUGCCAAGAUUGUUGAUAUUAUUGUUGGUAAAGAUGAGAAAGGCAGAAAAAUUCCAGAAUAUCUAAUCCAUUUUAACGGUUGGAACAGAAGCUGGGAUAGAUGGGCAGCUGAAGAUCAUGUCCUUCGUGAUACCGAUGAAAAUCGCAGAUUACAGCGUAAAUUGGCACGGAAGGCUGUGGCUCGCAUGAGAAGAAAAGGAAGAAAGAAGAGACGUUGCAGGUUGCCUGGUGUUGACUCUGUUUUAAAAAGCCUUCCUGCUGAGGAAAAUGAUCAUCAUAGCGAAAAAACUGUAAGUAGUUCUUCUGACGACAGUGAUGAAGGAACAGAUGAAGAAAUAAAAAGUGAAGAAAGUGACAUAGAAGAGAGGACAGAAAUGAAAGAAGAUCAAGACACUCAUUCAAAAAGGGAAAUGGAAGAAAGAGCAAUAAACAUAGAAAUUCCUGAAGUCUUGAAAAAGAAGCUUGAAGAAGACUGUUACUAUAUUAAUAGAAGAAAACGGCUAGUGAAGCUUCCUUGCCAGACAAAUAUAAUAACCAUCCUGGAGUCAUAUGUGAAACAUUUUGCUAUUAAUGCUGCAUUUUCAGCCAACGAAAGGUCUCGGCACCAUCAGGUGACUCCACAUGCUAAUAUGAAUCUUCAUUAUGUGCCACCAGAGAAGAAUGUUGAGCUGUGUAAGGAGAUGGUGGAUGGGCUGAGAAUAACGUUUGACUUCACACUUCCAUUAAUUUUGCUCUAUCCUUAUGAGCAAGCUCAAUUUAAGAAGGUGACUUCAUCAAAAUUCUUUCUUCCUAUCAAAGAGAACUCAACAAACACUAACAGAAAUCAGGAGGAGCUUUCCCCAAGCCCACCUCUGCUGAAUCCACCAACGCCUCAGUCAACAGACAGCCAGCCUGCAACAGCAGAGCCAGCCACACCAAAAAGAAGGAAGGCUGAACCUGAAAUCCUGCAAUCGCUGAGACGUUCUACACGGCAUACCUCUAACUGUGACAGGUUGUCUGAAAGUAGUGCUUCCCCACAACCUAAACGGCGGCAUCUGGAGACCCCAACUUCUAUGCCAAAGCUCUUCUUGCACCUGGAGAAAAAAACCCCUGUUCAUAGUGGAUCAUCUUCACCUAUAACUCUGACUCCUAGCAAAGAGGGGAGUGCAGUUUUUACCGGCUUUGAAGGUAGAAGGAACAACGAAUUGAAUGAGGUUUUGUCCUGGAAACUGAUGCCAGAGAACUAUCCACCAAGUGAUCAACCACCACCUCCAUCGUACAUCUAUGGAUCUCAACAUUUGCUACGCAUGUUUGUAAAACUACCAGAAAUACUGGGGAAGAUGUGCUUUCCUGACAAGAACCUCAAGGCUUUAGUAAAACACUUUGAAAUGUUUCUAAGGUUUUUAGCAGAAUACCACGAUGAUUUCUUCCCAGAAUCUGCUUACGUAGCUGCCUGUGAAGCCUACUACAGUACUAAAAAUCCCCGGGCAAUCUACUGAACCUAUUAAUAAAGAUUGAAUACCUACUAUAUGUAGCCUAUGACAGUGCUACCAUGUGGCUACAAGAUGAAGGUGAAAAGAAUUGAAACAACUUCUGGAGUUUGAAAUAGGGGGAUAUCUUCUGUGACGGCUGGAUUACUUAGCAGGAAUGAGGAACUUCUUCUCAGAAAGUGUGUAUAGACUGCGUUGUGAAUUGCUUAGGGAUUUGAAUCAAACUCUGCUUCAGAUGAAUGAAGACGCCUCAUUCUGUCUGCUAAUGCAUAGAACUGCAUAGAACUAUUAAAAAGGGAGGCAAAAGCAGAUGCAUUAGCAACAGGACAUUGCAAUUUUGUUUUAGCUUGAUCCUUUCCAGCCUGAGUAAUAAGACUUGACUGCGCAGUUACGUGAAGAGAAUUCAUAACUAGUAUCUUAUGAAUUUUUCCUUGCAAAUUGCACUUCGUUUUGUGAAACUUAAAAAAGGUUGCUUAAGUUAAAGGAUUAUCUUGCUGUUUGGCUAGUAUGACAUCAGCCUCAAGAGUGACUUUGCUUAAAUGAAAGAUGUGUUGCUUACUUUGCAUUUUGCAAAGAUGUCGCUAGCUCGUGGUAAGGCUAUCAGAGUUCCAAGGAGAACAUGCCUUGCCAGAGAUACAACAUCUAUCUGGCUAUAACAGAUUUCCAGAGCCAUUAUAAAAGAACAGAUUUUCUACAAGUAAGUGGAAAAGUCAAUAAAGUCAUGGCAGUUUAACUGGCAAGUACUCUUUUCCUAAUAAAGAACAUAAUGACUGCUUCUUAAAUGUGUGGUUUUGACUGUCUAAAAUGUCUUACUUGUGCUUGAUUAAUAUUUUUGAGAUUAAGUAUGCGUAGCAUUAGAUGGGAGUAUUGACAGUGUAGGGAAGAAACCUCUUUCUCUAACAUUGUUUUCUUACCCAGUCUUUAAAACUGGGUAAGGAAACAUUCUUUAACACAUCCCCUCUGGAAAUUGGCAUUCAGUCACAACUUAUUUUAUAUCAGUAACAAUACAUUCAGUAGAAUGUAAUUGAAAUAUUCUUGUCUUGAACAUCAUCAAAACCUUGUCCACUGCAUAGAACUCUGUGCUUUAGAGUUUUCUUACUUGUCAAGACAAACAGUGGGCAGAAACUUGGACUCCAAACUUACGGACUAGUGCCCUCUUCCCUUUGUAAUCCUUCCUCCUUUACAAAACCUCUCUUAGAACACUUUGUGUAAAAGACAAAAUAUUUGACGUAGAUCUGGAGAAGCUAGUAGUUAGGAAUUAUUUUACAAACGUAAAUGGAAAACUUAGUCUAAGAGGGCAAAGCAAAUCUGAAAUCUACUAUUGACACUCAUUCUCUUUCUUUUCAGCACUGAGCUGGUUUGUUAAGCUUUUGAAUUGAAGUUAGGGAUUACUUCAGCUUUAGCAAUUUAGGCUCUGUUCUUUAGAAAAGCUUAUGUAAAGACUCUGUUGAAUGUAAUGGUUGCUGAACAAAUGUUUUGCAUGGAUGCAAGCAAAUAGGUCCUUGUUUCUAAAGGUUAAUGUUCAGUGCUACUCUUUUUAUUGUGUUUCUGUAAUACAAAAAUUGUAGGCUUUAGUCUUUCUCAAAUUACAGAAGUUUUGAAUCCAGCAGAUUCCAAAUACUUCAAAAUCUACUCUGCUGCAAGUGUUUCAUUCUAGGCUUGGACUGUAAUGUUUUAUAAAGAUGAUUCAACAAAAUUCCAGUGACAAUCUAAUGAGACAUUUGUCUUGGAAUGCAGCCUGAAACUCCAUCCUUAAUCAGUUAUGGUGUAGGAAUGUUAGUGUGUAUAAUAGAGGAAAUUUUUGUUCUCCUGUUUGCAUCUGAGUACCAGACAAGUUAUGGAGAAUUUAAAUGUGAUUGUCUGCCUGUUUAAUUGCUGUGAUGAGAGUUUCUGUUUGCAGUAGUUAUUAAUUGUCAUUAUUGACUCAUUACCAGGUCACAAUGAUUCCCAAAAAAGAAGGCCCAGCUAGCAUAGUCUUGAAUGAACAAAGUUGAUGGUUUUAAAAUUCACUUGAAACUGUUAUUGGAGAUACUACAGACUGUCUUGCUUGUAACAACCAAAAAGCUUUUCUCAAAAGUAUCACCUUUUUGUACUUCUUGACAUUUUCAGUUGGCAUGGCCUCCCAGGACAGUAUCUCUGAAUUUAUAAAAACUUGUUUAUAUUCAGCUACAUCAAUGUGCAUCUCUGACAUUCCUCUUCCCUACUGUUGCACUUUCUUUAGCAGAUUUUAUUUUCAUAUGUUUGGGUGUGGUGUUUCUGUUUUUUGCUUGUUUUUCAGUUUUAUUUUUAGCGGGGACAAUGCAAGAAACUUGCAAAAACUUGAACCAAAUUGGGGAUCAGUAGUUCUUGGUAGUCCUAAAUUAUAUUGGAACUUAACAGUUUAGCCCUAAAAUUCCCACUGAAGUAUCCAGAAUCUUAGGUGGGCAGGGAAGCUUAAUACUGUAACCAUACUUCUGUCUUUUUCACUAUAACUCUUUAAAUGUUCUUAAUAGAUUUUUUUAGUGGGAUUCAUAGCCAUCCGAACAGAUAAAGAGGUUUCUGUGCUUAGCUCUUUGUCAUUCACUGCUUGCUGCUUGUAGAGCUGCUCAUAUCAGUGUUUUCUUACCUGAUUCGGUCAGCAUGGCUUAGGUUAGCUGAAGAAACACAAAAACCUGGCUGAAACAGGCUUGUGAGUAUUUCAUGACCAUGCUUGCCAGCAGGCUGCUGCAGAGGAGAGGCUGAGCUGAGGAAGCAGCUUGAAAGACAGUAAUGAGUUAAACUGGCACUGCUGUAACACAUGUGCCCUGCUUCUGAGGGUUUAUUCUGUGUACGCAUUUGAGGAAGUUAUACUUGUGUGAUUAUAGUGUGUACUUAAGCUGGUGAAUUUCUGAAGGUAAGUUCUUGCACGUACCUUCAAGAGUGGGCAGUGUCAGUGUAUUGAGUAUGAUGUAGGGUUUUGAAUACUGCUGUCUAACCCUUCCUGUGGGAAGGCAAAGGAAAACUGAAGCGUGCUGCCUUUGAUUUUUGUCAGCACUGAGGUAUGUGAGCGGCUUGACACUGGGCUAUGACAGUAUGAAACUGAGUGAAGUGUUUUCAGAUGACCAAAGGAACUCGACAAAAUGUAACCGUAAUGUUCUUCAGCUUGAUUUCUAGUUUUUUAUUUUACUUGUACCUAUUACACUUCCAAAAACCCAGGUGGUGCUAUUCUUUUACAUGUGCCAUUUAGAGCUCUUGCAUCGCCUUUCUUGGUGCUGUGUUGCUACGUGUUUCAAACUCCAUGGAACAAUUAACUGUUCCAAAGCUCAUGCUUUUGUAUAGUGCCAUCUUUAACCAAGAUAAUAGCACCUGGUCACAAGUGUUUUGGAUCUAAAGUAUGCUUUAUGCCCCACUCUGAAAGAAAACACAUGCAGAUGUUGGGGUUUCAGUUAGCAUUUGGUGUGAGCAUUGAGCUCAGUGAGCAUUUGGUGGAGUCGGCUGCUGUGUAUGAGAUGUCCAGUAUGAACUUGUCAGGCACCGGUGUGGGAUCAUGUUGCUCUUCAUAAUGCUGAGAAGUGUCUGCAGUCACAAGAGGAAAUAAAAGGCUGAUAGGAAAUAAAAAGCGGUUACUGCUUUUCAUGUCUGCAUCAUAAUUGUUAUCAAGGCAUUUGGUAAAUACGCUGAGGAGUUGGUUAUUGGAGUUAAAGUACAUACAAAUAUGUAAAAUCCUUAAUUUCCUGAAAACUAUCCAUUGCUCCUCUGGAGUUGUAAGUAUUUGUCUCCUAGAAGCAUUUGUACAGGAGUGGAAAUGCAGGCUUUUCAUGGAGAAAAGCAGCAGUGUGUAUAUGACACUACCUUAGCAUCAAAUGAAACCUUUCUUGUGGUAGUUAGCUGCACAAAGCUUGGGCAGCCCCAAGUCUUAACCUCUGGCCAGCUGUGUUUGAUCACCUCCUACCCCUUGGACUGUUGACUGAGCAAAAAAGCAAGCUUGCCCUCAAUGGAUAAAUUCUGCUUACUAAUUUUAGGAGUAAGUGCCAGAUAAUCACAGUGUGAGCAUACUUAGCUCAAAUGCAUCAAGAAGUAUAUUUCUGUGCUUUGUUCCUGUGUACUGUAGCAUGUCCUCUAUGAUAUGACUUGAGAGCAUUUAAUAGCAUUGUCAGGCCAAGUUACUUAUUCUUCUGUGUGAAUACAAUUCAAUGUAAUGAGUUUCUCUGAAACAAUGGUUCUUGACAGCCUGCUGCUUUCUUGAUGUGUGUGACCAUAAUCAGUACAAUCUGGAUGCGUUUCCAUUGUCACUUUUCCCCAGUUGUUUAUGACACAGUGUACUUGGAGGGAUUGUCAACUUGUUCUAUAGCUGCACCACUUUUCUGUAAGAAAUGAAUGAAUACGGGUGCUAUACACAUACAGCCAGAGGAAUAUGGUAUAGAAACACUAGAAUACAUUUCCUUCCUCAAUUUUGGUGAUUUUUGCUUUAAAAAAUUUGGAGAAUAAAUCGCCUUGGGAAAAUGCUAUUAGCAAUGAGUAAGUGACAGAUGCGGAUGCUUGCUAAAAUCUAACUCAAUACAUCCUCUCUAUGGCAUGCAUUAUGUAUUUUGUCUUUUUAAUUCAUACAACAGCUGACUUUUUUUUUUGGUUGAGGUUGAAGAUUAUUGCAAACUGAGUAAAAUCAGUGAAAUAUAAAUGUGUAUCCAGAGAUGAAAAGAAAAAAAAAAAAAAAAAAAACCCAAAGCAGAAGAA